UGACGUAAACUUCCGGUUUCUUUCCAAAAUGUCCGAAAGCUCACUUCAGACAGAUAUUAGUCAUGAAACAGGGACAACAGACACUGGACAGCUAGCUAGUACCAGUAUACCGUUAGCUAUAGUACCAGCUUACAAACAUCUUAAACAAGCAAAAGACAGUCCAGGAAGUGUUCCUCAGCUGCCUUCCCACAGAUUUCAGUAUUCAGUAUGGCAUGACUUGAGAGUAGUAUCCAUUAAAGGAACGGAUCUGAAAGCACCAAGAAUAAGAGAAGGACCUGAUGAAAAAGAAGAAGCAUUUUAUAGUCUGAAGGAUGAAGAUAAUCAGUAUAUACAUCACAACUUACAUGGGAGGAGAAGAAUAACACAUCAAACUACCAUGGAAAACUGGGAACAAGCAAAGUCUGCCAGUUUUUGCUACCAGGACUUGAGUGAUGCCUAUCAACGAAAGCAUUUCCAGAAUAUUCUUGGACGCCUUCGUAAUGUUGAGCAGCUCUACCUCGUGGACAAUGGAAUGCAGUACCUCUACUCAUACAGCUUUCCAAAAUGUGAAGUUUUGAAUAUCAACAAUAACUAUAUUUCUUCUUUUAAGUAUUUACCAUCCAUACCUAAAGUUAAGUUACUUACAAUGGAAGAUAAUGAUGUGGAUAACUUUAAAGGACUGGGAAACCUAAAAUCGGUGGAAGAUCUGUAUCUACGUGGAAAUCCAAUCACUUUUUUAAUCAACUACAGACAGAGAGUGUUCCAGAUGCUACCUCAGCUGAAACGUUUAGAUGGUAUCCCACGGUUACAGAGUGACCUUGAAUUUGACCCUGAGUAUGGAGACAUGGAUGAUAGUAUGAAUGAUUCAAGCUGUGUUAUACUGUAAAAUUAAUUGAUGCAAUCUGAUGAUAGACAUUAUUUGGAGAACAUCCUUGUUUACUUGAUAGAUGGUCCUCUGCAUUUAUCCAUUUUGUAAGUUUAGGAAUUUUACAAAAAAAGUGUGUCAAAAUAUAGAAAUCCUUAAACUUCUGUGAUAUUUAUAACAUUCCGUCCUUGAAGACACAAUAUAGCAUAUAUUUUCUAUAUUGUAUAAAUUCUACAUAAAUGAAUAUGUGAUUAGUUUUUAAUGGGAGAAUUUCUUGUUUCUUGUUUCACAUUAAUAAGUAACAUUUUUUUAAUUUUAGGAUUUGUCAUUUUAAUACUGACUUGUGUAAUAUUUGUAACAUUCCAUUGUGAAAGAUAUAUUUUCUAUAUUGUACAUUUUUUUCUGUACCUUUCAAUUUGUAAGGGCUGUUCCAUGAUUGGAAGGGCUGUCAGUAUACACUUUAACUAAAAUUGGAUGGGAGGUUGUAAUUUAGGCAUCAAGAAUCAUGUAGAAUCAAAAAUAGAGAAACAUUUUAUGUAGCUGGGGUAAAAAUGGUUUAUCUCAACAUACACACAAAUCAUAUUCUGGAACAGUCUUUCAGCAAGUUUGAUAGGAAUAUACUUCUCUUUUUUUUUGUAUGAUUCAUAUUAAAUAAUUACAUUUUAAGAGAUAUACUAAUGAUAUGCAAUAUAUUGUACAUAUUUUUACAUAUUUAGCUGGUUCUUUAUUAUUAAUACGACAUGCUGGUUGUGUCACAAUAAAAUAUGUUAUUUGUUA